GAUCGGCAGGACGUUCUGAUCUUCCAAGCCACCGGGCGGAAGAGGUGGCAGGCAUUCGCCCCGCCCGCAGUGGCAAAGGAUCCUCUGCGACGCGGCAAAGAUGGCGAUGUCCUGCAGCACCUGGGAACUCCUCUCAUCGAUGUCGUCCUCGAGCCCGGCGAUGUUCUCUAUGUUCCCCUGGGCUUCCCGCAUGCCACGUCUACGGCGGAGCUCGUGUCACAGGA